CCAGUCAGAUGAACAUCCACCCUGAGCCGCCGUUCCCAUGCCUUCUCCUUUCAGCUUUCAGCUGUAGGUUCUCACUGCUUCUCCUGUUGUUUCCCCUGACGUCCAUUAACAUGCUAAUGAUGGCCAGGAAGGGAUGGGGGUAGAGAUGAAGGGGGGGUUCUUUGUGUUUCGGAUGAAUUCCCCGACCAGGGAGGGAGUUUCUCUCAAACCGUCGCCUCGCUACGCUUGACAAGUGAGCAUCCGACGAACAACCCGUCUCCUCUCUGCCCCUUCAAUCUUCUGAGGAGGAUCUCUGAGGCGGCCAUGAACUCGGGUUGGAAGCUCUCGCAUUGUGAGAGAGAGGCCACGCUUUCAAUCAGACGGCGGCUUUUACCGCGAGGUAUUUCCGCAUCAUUGGGCAGAACGUCUGAAGGAGGAUUCGGUGUCUCUGUUUUCCAAACCAAGUAAUGAAAGUAUUGGCAAGAACGUCAUUUGCGAUAGGACCGCCACUCCUCUGGACGCUUUCCGGAUGAUGUCAGCUGCCCAGUACUAUCCAAAAUUGCUGAGCAUUAUGGGAAAUGUGCUGCGUUUCUUGCCGGCCUUUGUUCGGAUGAAGGAACUGCUGGAGGAAGGGUACAUCGGAGAGCUUCUGGUCUGUGAGGCCCAGGUCCACAGUGGCAGUCUCCUGGGCAAGAAAUACAACUGGAGCUGUGACGAUCUGAUGGGAGGCGGCGGAUUGCAUUCGGUGGGCAGCUACAUCAUCGACCUCCUCACCUUUCUGACCAGCCAGCGUGCGGUCAAGGUCCACGGCUUCCUAAAGACGUUCGUCAAGCAGACGGACCACAUUCGGGGCAUCCGGCAGAUAACCAGCGACGACUUCUGCACGUUCCAGAUGGUGUUGGAAGGAGGCGCCUGCUGCACCGUCACCCUCAACUUCAACGUCCCCGGAGAGUUUCGCCAGGAGGUGAUCGUCGUGGGGACCGUGGGGAGACUGAUGGUCACCGGGACGGACCUGUACGGACAGAAGAACAGUGGUGGGAGCGCCGGCGGUCCUGAGCUCCUGCUCAAAGACGCCACUCCUCUAGAGAAGUCCUCCUUGCCGGAAAAGGCCUUCAGCGACAUUCCGGCCCCUUACCUCACCGGGACGAUCCGGAUGAUCCAGGCCGUGCGGCAGGCCUUCCAGGACCAGGACGACCGGCGGACCUGGGAUGGGCGGCCGCUGACCAUGGCCGCCACUUUUGAGGAUUGCCUGUAUGCUCUUUGCGUGGUGGAUACAAUCAAAAAGUCCAACCAGUGCGGCGAAUGGCAGAACAUUGUGGUGAUGAAGGAGGAGCCGGAGGUGAGCCCUGCCUAUUUGAUCAGCGAGGCCAUGCGGCGCAGCAGGAUGUCGCUCUACUGUUAACAUCUAGACCUAAACCGCGGCCUUGGUCUAGUUUAAAGUUCUUCCACUGAGCUGCUGGAUUCAAUCUAAAACUCGUCUCUAGGUUUAUUUAAUUGUGCAUUAUUACUGUUACAGAGUUUAUGCCAAUGUGAUGCAGAUAUCUGUGGUUUUGCUGCCUAAAAAAGUUGGAUUAUUAACAAUCAAACUUUGUAUUUAUAAAAAAGCUCCUUCUGUUUUGUUUUUUUAUUGUUAUAUUUGUUAAGGACUAGAGUCCUCCUGCUGGAUGCAAUUGUAAACAGACUAGUUGUCAACAGAACGGCAUUGGAACCGCUUACUGGUUGGCUGGUCAACCACUAACGACGGCUUGUCAGGGAUCUGCGUCUGUGUCGUCCCGUUAAGACGAGUCUUGAUGGGUUUUAACCACCCCUGCUUGAGCAAAUAAGUAUUGUGCGUCUUCUCCCUGCGUCCCUCCAGCGACUCGAUGAAUAGGUGUGGAAACACAGUACCGUACACUGUGGAUCCCAACAAGGAUAGCCAAGGAAGAACCGUAAUCUUCUUAAAAUGUGCCGCUCCGUUCUUCUUCUUCUUAUACUCUCGCUAGUUUUACCAAGUGAAUGUCUGAAAAGUCCGUGCGCUUGAUAGUUUCCGUCUGUUUACCGUUUAUUCUGCUGUGUGAAACAGUGGAAAUAAUAAAUCUGGAGGCUUUAACCUUCUGGUUGAUGUAUGCAAUAGAAGAAGGCUUCGGCCUUAGACCAAGGGGGAGAUCUUAUGCCUUUAUGCAGUUGGCUGUGCAUUAGCCUUUAGCUCUGUACGAGUGAUGAUACUUAGAUUUUACCCUAAUUUAUUGCUUUCUAUUUUUGUUUAUAAGUGUAGCUCAUAUUUAAUGCUAAGCUAACCUUGACUGCUGCUGCUGGUGAUUAUAUUCCUGUCCAACAUGCCUGAACGUUCAGUAAAACUGCAAAGUUUUCAACCAGUGAAACAUGUAGCACAGUGUGGUCAACCAUUGACAUAUAAACAAAUAUAUGAGGCUCUAUUACAUAAGGUUGGGGAUAUUCUCUGUUUUUUUGGGCAGGGGGGUUAUGUCAUUAGGUCUAGUGUAUCCAGAAUGACAAACAGUGUUAUUUAAUUUUUUACGUUCACUCUGCACCCUGUCAUCGAAGAUUAUUAGAAAGGUCUUACCUUACCUGGCUGAGUCUAGGCUCAUCUUCAACAAACUUUUGGGGUUUUUUUUGUUUAAGGGUUUUCAUUUUAACUGAGAGUCAGAACUUGUAAGUCACAAGUUCAAAAUAACAACUGUGAUCCUUCUUAAAGUCGUAGGG